UGUCAGCUUCUCCUCAAUCAGGAGUUACCCCUAUCCACAGAUGAAGAAGGAAGCGGGUGGGUGCAGCUGAGCCUGUUCUCUUUUUCUCCUCCAUUUUCACCUGAACUCUCUUCCUAUCCACACUGGAAGGAGGGAAAGGGGAGCGGAGGCUGUAUUUGUUUUUCUUUCUGCCUGUUUUUUAACUAAUAUUGAAAGUGGCUUCAGUUUAUUUGCCAAGUGACAGAGCAACCCUUCGCCACUGAAUGCAGCAUGGGGUCUGACGAGUCGUAUAAUUUCGUCUUCAAAGUGGUUUUGAUAGGGGAGUCUGGCGUAGGCAAGAGCAACCUUCUGUCUCGCUUCACUAAGAAUGAGUUCAAUCACGACAGUCGCACCACCAUCGGUGUCGAAUUCAGCACCCGGACUGUUCAGCUGGAUAACUUCUCCAUCAAAGCCCAAAUCUGGGACACAGCUGGGCUGGAGCGCUACAGGGCCAUCACCUCAGCGUAUUACAGGGGAGCAGUUGGAGCACUGUUGGUCUACGACAUUAGCAAGCACCUGACCUAUGAGAGCGCAGAGAGAUGGUUGAAGGAGCUGUAUGACCAUGCAGACCCUCACAUCGUGGUCAUGCUGGUGGGAAACAAGAGAGACCUGGAGACCCUCAGGACCGUGCCCACAGAGGAGGCCAAGGACUUUGCAGAGAAGAGAGGUCUUAUGUAUAUGGAGACAUCAGCGUUGGACUCCACCAAUGUAGAAGCUGCUUUCAAUGAAGUCCUCACAGCCAUCCAUAAGAAGGUGGCCAGCAGAGAGGUGACCCGUGGCUCCAUCAGCGCUGUGACUCUGUCCAGCCCCAUCGGACCCACCAGUGAGGCACAGGAGGGGGGCAGGACCUGCUGCAAGAGCUCCUAACAGACUGAUGCCCUGUAAAGAUCUGCUCUGUCAAUGCUGAACCAGCAUCACGCUUGGCUGUCAUUCAAGCUUAUGCAUGGCAUCAUUCACACCCAAUUUAAAGAGCGAGGUACUUGCUUGACACUCGAGGAGUCAAUGUACAAACCUCUUUAAAUGUAAAAGCUGUACAGUAUAAAUCUAAAAAAAAAAAAAACAGAUUAAGAGAUGCAAAUAUUGAGAAUAUCUAUUUUAUACCCUAUAUUUCUUGUGGUGGCUAAUGGGAGCUUUUAUACUACAGAUAGCUGUGCUUUUUUCCCCCUUGAUCAUGUUGUGUUGUGGAGUUUUACUUUUAUAAAGGAAUGCACUGGGAUUUAUUUGGAAUAAAUUAUUUAUGUUU